AUGAGACGUAUACCUAUCCAUAAGGAGCAUCUUUUACUCAGAUACCGAGGUGAUCGUGGUUCUUCAAUCCGAUAUCUUAAAAUUCAUAACCAUCGACUAACGCCUUCAACUGGAACACAGCCAAAAGACUUUCAAAGCCAACAAUCAGGACCUAUACUAGGAAGUAUUAUUGAGAAACAUGAAAUAAACGGAGGCUCAAGUUCAGAAGCAGAAAUUGCGGAUGUAUUAAAUAAUUUGAAGGAGCAGAACGUCAACAACAACAAAAAUAAUAAUGAUAAGGAACAUUUAAGUAAUAGCAAGAGACGCCCCACAAUUUCCUUUCUAUUGGAUGCUGAACCUACCAAACAAGAAUCUAUAAAAUUAAGUGAUACAGAACCAGAUAAUAAACCACCAUUGUUAGCCCAUGGACUUGAAAGAUCUUUAUAUGAACCUGUAACGUUGCAUCCUUUAAAGGAUCAAAGGAGUGGGGUCUACAAUUUUGCACGAGAGGUUGAAAAUAUUGCUCCUGAGAUGUUAGAAAAGAAAUCGUUAGAAGAAGAUGCAUUGUUCAUUACGCCGCAUCGAGAUAAAGCUCUUUUGACUCUUGCGAACAAGUUUAAUCAAAAAUAUAUUUCUUCUACGAGUUCCAUGACUUCGGUGUUAUCACACUUGCAUUUCCUAUUGUCAAACUUUAGACAAUUAAAUAUUGUGGAAUCAUCUAUCUCCAAAAAUUUCCCUCAAAUUAAUUGUAAUUUUACUAAAGGUGCACAAUUCCCAGCAACUAUAAUACUACGGAAAAUGGAUAAAAAAGUACGCUCCAUUGACCCUGAUAGAAGCCUGGAUAAAGAAAUUAUCUUGUCCAUUUUAGGUCAUACUUUGGAAGAUUUUCUUACGAAAAGACCGCCUGUGAAGGUAGAAAGUUACCAUUAUUCAAAAAUUGAUGAUUUCAUACUAAGAUCUCAAUUAGAUGCGUAUGAUCCGAAAUUACCAGGAACAGGGGUAUUCGAUUUGAAAACUAGAGCGGUCACUGCUAUAAGGCAUGAUCUUUCAUAUGUGGAGAAUAAUAAUAACUACACUGGAUAUGAAAUUAACAAAAUAUAUGGGGAAUUCGAAUCUUUAGAACGUGAAUUUUUUGAAUUGAUCAGAAGUACACUUUUAAAAUAUUCCCUUCAAGCUCGAAUUGGGAAAAUGGAUGGUAUAUUUGUUGCAUAUCAUAAUAUUGCUAAGAUAUUUGGAUUUCAGUACCUACCUUUAGAAUCAAUUGAUUACUUAAUUCAUUCAAGUUACGAUAAGGAUUUUUCCAAUGUUCUAUACUUCAGAAAUAAAAUGCUACGUGGAAUAUAUGGGGAAACUGGGUUUAUACUCAAGCAUCAACGUCAGGAACGUGAGAUUGCAUCAUUAGUUGCAGACAAGGAGUUUAGAAUGUCUGUUGUUCUAUUUAGAAAUCUCUUACAGCAUAUUGAAAAUGAAUUGAAUAAGAGAUCUAUAAAUUGGGAAAAAUGUAAAAUUAUGAUGAAAACUGUUUCUGUUAAGAAGAGGGUCAACGAUGCAGGAAUUCAACAAGUACCCCUUCUCAAUGUGGUAGUCCUUCCGUUACCAGAUGACUACAAUGAUAAAUCAUUGUUUACCGCCGGGAUGACCGACAACGAUUUAUCGGCAGAAAUAGCAAAGAUUCGACAAGAAAGUGCCAAACUAAUGGAAGAAAAAUCAGAUUCAAUGCUAGGUUUUGAAGUAGAGCUGGAUCAUUUACUUUGCCAUCAUAAAUCAAGUUUUGAAGUGCCCUCAUUUGCUAAGGCUAAAAACAAGGUAUUGGAUUCUCAAACAUGUCGUUUCCUCAAUAAAAGGUUGAGCACCAAUUAUUACUUAAAAUGUCCAACUUGGAAAACUCCAAAUUUUUUCCACCCUCUAGAUGUCUCUAUGUGGAGAUCCAGUGUUAAGAUAACCACCAUUGAGGACAAGAAUAGACUGAAAGAAUUAUAUUCUUCUUACUUUAAUAUUAAAUUAAAUGCUCUCGAGAAGCAAUCACGAGUGUGUUACUCUGAUCAGGAUAUAUCAGAGGAUGAGUUAGUAGUGGAAAGGAUUCAAAAAUUUCUGAGGAGGAAUACCAGAGCUGGACCUAUCUCUGAAAAGAGUACGAUAAGGGUCCCAGGACGUAAAAGACCGACCAGGUACCAAGAAAUGUUAAGGGCCUACGCAUUGAAAGGCCAACAGAGGAGUCAAACAACGUUGUAA